AAGUGAGGUCUGUGGAUUCUACAAAACGCGUUUGUAAUUAUUGAGUGAAACAAAUUGCCGGCCUGUGUUGUUCUCCUUCUGUCAACACCAGGACGGACUUAUCUGAGAGUCUCUUUCACAAGCACUCGCUAUUAUGCUAUGCCAUUCAACUAAACUUCUCAACCUUCUCUAAUUACCUCUUCCUAACACCACCACCAUGGGAACCGAGACUCCAACUACUCAAAAGUUUGAUUCCUCAGAACCUCAGAUUGAUAAGAGAACUGCGGAGCAGAAAGCAAUCGAUGAUUGGCUUCCCAUAACUUCUUCAAGGAACGCAAAAUGGUGGUACUCAGCUUUUCACAACGUCACUGCCAUGGUAGGAGCUGGAGUUCUCAGCCUUCCUUCUGCCAUGGCAAAUCUUGGAUGGGGUCCUGGUGUGGUUAUUCUUGUGCUGUCAUGGAUUAUCACUCUGUACACACUGUGGCAAAUGGUUGAGAUGCAUGAGAUGGUACCUGGGAAAAGGUUUGACAGGUACCAUGAACUGGGGCAGCAUGCGUUUGGGGAAAAGCUGGGACUGUGGAUUGUGGUGCCUCAGCAACUGAUAUGUGAGAUUAGUGUGGACAUUGUGUACAUGGUCACUGGAGGAAAAUCACUGCAGAAAAUUCAUGACCUUGUCUGCAAAAAUAACUGCAAUAACAUGAAGACCACUUACUUCAUCAUCAUCUUUGGCUCUGUUCAUUUUGUUCUCUCUCACCUUCCCAACUUCAAUGCCAUCUCCGGCAUAUCUUUGGCUGCCGCAAUCAUGUCUCUCAGCUACUCAACGAUUGCAUGGGUGGCUUCGGUGGAGAAGCAUGUUGGAAAUCCUCACAAAGAGGUGGAAUAUGGGUACAAGGCGAGCACUUCAGCAGGAACAUUUUUCAACUUUUUGAAUGCCUUGGGUGAUGUGGCUUUUGCCUAUGCUGGACACAAUGUGGUGUUGGAGAUUCAAGCAACUAUCCCUUCAACACCAGAGAAGCCUUCAAAGGGUCCCAUGUGGUGGGGAGUUUUGGUGGCCUACUCAGUCGUCGCCUUGUGCUACUUUCCUGUUGCUCUCAUCGGCUAUUGGGUCUUUGGCAACUCUGUUGAAGACAACAUCCUCAUCUCCCUCAACAAACCCACUUGGCUCAUAGUAACUGCUAACAUGUUUGUCGUCAUCCAUGUCAUAGGAAGCUACCAGCUAUAUGCAAUGCCGGUUUUUGACAUGAUUGAAACAUUGAUGGUCAAACAAUUGCGUUUCAAGCCAAGUUGGUGGCUACGAUUUGUGGAGCGCAAUGUUUAUGUUGCAUUUACAUUGUUUGUGGCCAUCACUUUCCCUUUCUUCGGUUCCCUUCUCGGAUUUUUUGGAGGAUUCGCAUUUGCUCCAACAACAUACUUUCUCCCUUGUAUUAUGUGGCUUGCUAUUUACAAACCUAGGAAGUUCAGCUUAUCCUGGAUCACCAACUGGAUUUGCAUUAUACUUGGCUUCCUACUGAUGAUUCUAGCACCAAUCGGCGGAUUAAGGAGUAUCAUACUCAAUGCCAAGACUUAUGGGUUUUACCAGUGAGGAAACAAGUAGGGCUAGAAAGUUUUACUUGAACUCAUUCAUCCACCAAUCUUUGUGAAAUUCCAUUUUAUAAUGAAAAAUGCUCUUGUGAAACAAUUUAAGCAAUAGUUUGCAUAAUAAGAUAUUUUUUCCUCUAUAUCAUAUACAUUGCAUGUCAAUAUGAUGAUGAUAAGAGAAAAAAAAAAGUGAUGUUGUAUUAAUUGUUGUAAAUGUAUACCUCGUAUGUUCACCAAAAGUCAUCAAACAUUAUUCGA